AUGUUACGAAGGCUGGCAUUUUCGGAUUUGUUACACGAAUCGUUGAACAAACCAAAAAUGCUUAGCAAUAUUCUCCGAUCUAUUUCUACGAAUCGUGAAAUUCUUCGGGAAUAUUCUGCAUCGGAAGAAAUUACUGGAUGGAAUUGA